CGUAUCCUCCCCCGGUCGCCCUCCCUGGAGGCCAGGUCGUCAGCUUUUCGCACAUCACUUCGCAUUUACACACAGCGAUGUCUUCAGGGGCUGUUGCGGCUGCCAACAGGAAAGCAGCCCUAGAACAACUCAAGUUCAAGAAAGUUCAGAAGAAACAGAAUGCUUCUCUGGGCCAGUCUACUCGCUCUGACAGCUCUUCACUGUCGAGUAAUCAGACCGCACUCGACGGGCCGCCAACUCAGUCGCGCGACGCGACGACAUCAUCGCGGUACUUCUCGACCACCUCCACCCCCACAGGCAAUGUCUUAGUGCCAAACUCAUCACCCACUCACUACGAUUCUGCUCAUCGGCUUCGUUCAACGCCAUGGCAAGCCGACAACGUCGGUGACGACAUUCCGGGCUUGACACAAACGGGGUCUCAUUUUCGCUCAUUUACACCUCGCGCCGACCCCCUCUCAGCCCCCAGUGGGUUUGUGACCGGAAGCAACGCGUCUCACGCGUCGUUCACGCGUCCAUGGGGUCAAAAUGGACGACGGAGAUCGGAUGUAGAGGAUUCGGAGGAUGGGGAGCGUCCUCGCAAGAGGUUGAAUCGAGGCGAGUCCGAAGACCCGCUUGACUUCCUAAGCAAGCCAGACUCCCCCGACGUACGGCGUCCUGCGCAGCCGCAACGGUUUGACGAUUCCGUGUCCAUGUCGUCCGUGUCAUCCGACGAAUCGCUCCCUGAUGUUCAGGACAUCGUCGCGGGUCCCUCGAGGUCACGGAUUAUUCGUCGUAUGCCUACCCCACCCCCGCCGCCACCGUCCGAGCCUCCGCUGCCUGAGAAGGAUCCAAAGUUUAUCACCUUCAAGAUCGUCAACGGGUCACAUCCUCCCGACGUUGUACGCGCUGCAUGGCAGCAAGCUUCGGGUGAUGAGGCUAAGGCCACGAGCCUACUCAACGACCCAAGCUUCAAGCCACUGUCGGCAACAGCCCCUGGUCGCGCUGUGAAGACCACCGUUGCCAAUGGGCGGGUGAAGGAGAUUGAUGAUGCCACCAAGGCCCAGCGGGCUGCUGUCCGACAGAAAGGCAAACAGUCCAUGAUCUAUCAGCGUCCUCAUGUGGAAAGCAAGCCCGCCGUCGCGACACCGCCGACCUCAAGUUCUGCUGCUCCCAAAGGCUCCCCUCGAACACCGGGCAGUUCCCCAAUAGCUCAACCUCGCGCGAAACGGUUAAAGAGGAAGGUCAUUGACUCCGAGUCGGAGGCCGAAUCUGUCGACAGUGGACAGCCUAGUCGCAUCAAGCGUGCAAAGGAUGAGUCUAGCGCUGAGCUUCGUGUCCUCAAGUACUUCAACGCAACCUCCGUGGAGGGGCUGCAGGAGCUGACAGGCUGUACGAGCGAACAGGCGAACAAGAUCACAGAGCUUCGUCCCUUCUCUUCCGUGGAUGACUUGAAGGCGAAGUUGGGUCAAGGCAGGAAGAAGGCAGGGCCAGCGGGCAUCAGUCCUCGGAUGUUUGAAGACUGCCAGGCCACCUUCGAAGGCUAUGGCAGGGUAGACAACAUCCUGCAGGACUGCGAGCAAAUCGGCGCCGAGCUAAAGGCGGAAAUCUCGCGUUGGACUGGUGGCAGUUCUGUGAAGGCAGGGCGCAAGGGCGCAUCCUCAUCACGAAGUCCAUCCAUCAGUACCGACGACGACGGCGCUCUUGCCCUAACCUCACAGACUGUCGCCGACAGCAAACCAGCAUACUACAUCACGUCACAGCCGUCGUUGAUCUCCAAGGAUAUCCAACUGAAGGAGUACCAGCUUAUCGGUGUCAACUGGUUGAACCUUCUAUACCGCAAGAAAUUGAGCUGCAUCCUGGCAGACGAGAUGGGUCUGGGAAAGACGAUCCAAGUGAUCACUUUCAUGGCUCAUCUGAAGGAGCAAGGUCGUAAGGGCCCUCAUUUGGUCGUCGUUCCUUCGUCAACAUUGGAGAACUGGUGUCGCGAGUUCCAACGUUUCGCUCCCGAUAUUAAAUUCCACACCUAUUACGGUGCCAAGGAUGACCGUCCGGCAUUGCGCCAAGAGCUCCUCGAUUCCAUGGCAACCAAAGUGGACGACGGAUGGGAGGUCUUGAUCACAACUUAUACCCUUGCUCAAGGCGACGAGAAAGAUCGCAAGUUCUUUCGUCGCAUCACCUGGGAUGCAUGUGUGUUCGAUGAAGGUCAUGUCCUGAAGAACUUUCAGUCGCAGCGAUACCAGACACUACUUCGAUAUGAGUCAAGAUGGAGAUUGUUGUUGACGGGUACUCCGCUCCAGAACAACCUUCAGGAAUUAGUCUCUCUCAUGAACUUCAUCCUGCCGCAGCAGUUCGCUCAGGAUCUUGACUCCCUGCGCGCCGUCUUCAAGACUAAGGGUGACUCCAAGGUCACACUUCUUGCUCAGGAACGUGUUUCAAGGGCAAAGAAGAUGCUGACACCUUUCGUGCUCCGGCGACGGAAGGAUCAGGUGCUCCAAGACCUACCGAAGAAGACCGAGAGGAUCGAGUGGUGUGAGAUGACGCCGCUACAGAGAACUCUUUACAACGAAGCGCUUCGACGGUCACGGAAGACGAUAUAUGACCUCCCGGACGCCGCGGAAGCAGAUCCUCAGCCGACUGGCCGUGGCAAGGCGAAGAAAACCCGCGCAACUGCUCGAACGAAGGACAAGAUGUACCUCGAGAACAGUGCGAACGUGCUCAUGGACCUGCGGAAGGCUGCAUCGCAUCCUAUGCUCUUCCGCAGGCGCUUUACGGACACGAUGCUCUCCGCCAUCACCAGAGCACUUCUGAAGGAGCCGGAUUUCAAGAAGCGCGGCGCGCUCUUCCAGCUGGUCAAGGAAGACAUGGAGGCCAUGACGGACGCCGAGCUGCAAGCGUUCAUGGCGACGUAUAAGUCGACACAAAGAUGGAUUCAGCCCGACGAUUGCUAUCUACAAGCGGGGAAAGUCAAGAUUCUACUGAAGCUACUCGAACAGUACCGCGCCGAGCAGAGACGGAUCUUGAUUUUCUCUCAGUUCACGCAGAUCCUCGACAUCCUCGAGAAGGUCAUGGAGACUCAGGGCCUCAAGUUCUUGGUCUUGACCGGCUCCACUCCGGUCGAUGUUCGGCAGACGCUGGUCGACGAGUUCACUGAAGACGAUUCUAUCGAGGUCUUCCUGCUCUCCACUAAAGCGGGUGGUAUGGGCAUCAACCUGACCGCUGCAAGCGUUGUCAUCAUGUUCGACCAGGACUUCAACCCGCACAACGAUAGACAGGCGCAAGAUCGUGCCUACCGGAUAGGACAGAAGCGAGACGUAGACGUGGUCAAGCUCAUCACGAAGGGCUCGAUCGAGGAAGAUAUGUUGGCACUGGGGCAGACGAAGCUUGCGCUCGAUGAGGCCGUCGCAGGGGAGGAGGGCGAAGAGAAGGUCGAACGGGAGAUGAAGACGUCACUCAUGAACGUCGUCCGGAGGAAGCUAGAGACGCAGGGCGAGGAGCAGGGGCCGGAGCAGGAGCAGGAACCGGAACCGGAACCUGAACCAGAGUCGGAAUCGGGAGUCGUGGAGCAGGAGGAAAAGAAGGUCGAGCAGGACGAGACCACGGAGGUAGACGACCUGGGAAGUCCUCUGAGCGCGCUAGACGAUGAUGAUGCGUAGAUGAACAGUAUAGCUGCAUUGUUUGCU